AUGUCGGCCCCUACCUCCGCAGCGCGAGCCCCCGAAACCGAACAACUCGUCGAGUACGUCGAGCCCGAAGAGCAUGUUGAGCAUGCCGAACAUGUUGACACUCCCGAGCCUGUUGCGCGCAAGCAGCGUGAGCGUCCAUCAACCGGUUCUCGUGUUUCCUGGGGUGAGCACUCGACCCACGAGUAUGAAGUGCCUUCUUCCUCCGAGCAAGAUCCACUUGAGCACCAUGAUAUCUCCCCCAUGGAAGACAACACCAGAGACUUCGCUCUGCGUGACCUGGAGCAACCCAAGUCCAAGUCCAACGAUGUCACCUCCAAGUCCGGCUACGGUGAUGACAUUGAAUUCGCUGCCAUAGUUGCCGCUGGCACUGAAGCGGCUGGAUUUGACCCUUCCUUCGUUCUUGACGACCCUAAAUAUCACACCCGUACUUCCCCACCCGGCUCAGGCGAUGAAGGGACCUUCUCUCCGCGGUCAAACUGGGCUACUCAAACCCCCGACCGCCACGGCUUCGUCGAGGGUGAAGUCGGCAGCUAUGAACACCAGUCCAGAGAUAUCGGCCCCACUGCUCCGGAACCUGCCUACGAGCCAUUCUCCGCUAAAGCCGAGGGUAUUUCUUCACCAACUCGUGAGCGCAGCUCAAUUGCCCAGGAGGUGAUCGAGCAAUUGAACGGCAAGCAGUCUCGACACGAAUCUUUCGAGGAUCGUGAUGUUUUCUCUAUGCCUGGUGGAUUCGGCGACGAUGAGCCUCGCGAUGACGAACCUCGUGAUGAUUCAUACUCUGCUGUUUCUGCCCCUGUUUCCAAGGAGGACAAGAAGAAGUCGAAAUCCAAGAAGUCUCCUCGUAGCGGCGAUGACAUCGAUUUCUCUCACGUCGAGGUUCCGUAUGAUACCUACUCAGCAGUUUCUGCUCCUGUUGGAAAGAAGGACGAGAAGAAGAAAUCCAAGAAGUCCCGUCGUAGCGGCGAUGAUGUUGAUUUCUCUCGUGACGUGCCUCGCGAUGUUCAGCCUUUCCCGGAGCAGACUACUGUUGAUGCCUCCCGAGAUGUCGAGGUUCCAUAUGAUGCCUACUCGGCUGUGUCUGUACCGGUCGGAAAGGACUAUGAGAAGGCCAAAUCAAAGAAGUCUCGUCGUAGUGGCGAUGAUUUCGAUCUUUCUCGUGAUGCGCCUCGCGACGUCCAGCCCUUUGAUGAUGUUCACGCUGAUGCCUCCCGAGAUGUCGAGGUUCCAUAUGAUGCCUACUCGGCUGUGUCUGUACCGGUCGGAAAGGACUAUGAGAAGGCCAAAUCAAAGAAGUCUCGUCGCAGUGGCGAUGAUUUCGAUCUUUCUCGUGAUACGCCUCGCGACGUCGAACCCUAUACCGAGGCUCCCACUGUUGAUUCUCCUCGGGAUGUUUUUGACGACCGAUAUGAUUCGCGCUCGGCUGUCUCUGCUCCUCUUGAGAGAGACUCUGAGAAAUCCUCCAAGUCAAAGAAGUCCCGCCGCAGCGAUGAUGAUUUUGACCUGCCUCGUGAACUGCCCGUUGAUCUCACACGCGAAAAUGUCUCUCCUCCUGAAGAAGAUGAAGGUAGUGAUGAGAAGAAGAAACGGCGUAAGCAUCGCUCCAAGCGUGAUAGCGACACUUUCUCCGUUGAUGACGAUGCUCGAUCUGCCGUGACUUCCUAUGAGGAUGCGGACAAGUCUGAACGCCGCAAACAUCGCCAUCGUUCUUCUGGCCUUCGUGACUUCGAUGACAAUGCCAAGGACAAGGAUGAGAAGCGAUCGAAGCGUGAGAGCGACGCUUUCUCCGUGGACGAUGAUGCCCGGUCUGUUGUGACUGCUUAUGAAGAUGGUGAGAAGUCUGAGCGUCGCAAGCACCACCGCCGCCAUCGCUCCUCUGGUCAUGACUUUGAUGACAAUGCUUCCGCCACAUCUUCUCCCGCACGCAUUGAUGAAACACGAGAGAAGCGUCGGAGCACUAGCAAAGAUGACAAGGAAAAAAGCCCUGCAGGGUUCCUGCGAAACCUCUUCGGUUCACGCGUCUCGGCACCUGCUGAUGACAGAAAUCGCUCUACAUCCUCUCUAGACAAGCAUUCGUCUCGGGAGGCAAUUUCAGAGGCUGGCGUUGACGACGAACGGCGCCGCCACAAGAAGCGCUCUUCCAAGUCACGAAGCUCCAGCCGUGGAUCGAAGCGGGGUGAUUUUGAUUCGGACAAGGAUGCAGAGCUCCGGGAUGGUACCAAUCUGGAAGAGUAUCGAUCACGUCGGCAAGAGAAGGAAGAGCGCCGUCGCCAUCGGUACGAGGAGAUUGUCGAGUCUGGGAAACGAAGGGAUAAUGAGAAGGUAUAG